AAACUCUAUCUACUUUUCAAAAAUAGUACUUUUACAACAAAUUCUUUUUAUCAUAAUUUUUAUUAAAAAUUUCAACUACACCAAACAUACUCUUAAUCACUUCUGAAAAUAGUUAGUUAAAAGUUUAAAUGUUCAGUGCUACCUAAGUAAGAAGUUGAUCAAGCAAGUUCAGUGCCGCCUGAAGCUGCUGAAAAAAAAAAGGUACACGAUGGUGAAACAGUUGAGGGAGGAUGUGACCGAGCUUAUCAAACUUGGCUAUGAAGAAAGUGCCUUUAACCGGGUUGAGCAAAUCUUCAAAGAUGAGAAAAUAAUGCCAGUCUAUGAUAUUUUGGACCAUUACUGUGAAUUCCUCACUCUUGAUCUCUCAUAUAUCCGCAGAAACAAGUAUGUGUAAUUGCACCAAACCCGAAGUCCUUCUUCAGUCCGCGCUUGCACUUCGGAA